UGCAUUGACAAAGCGAUAUGCUUUAGACAGGUAGUUAGAGCCUGAAGGCCGAGUUUAAAAGUGGCUUUAAUAUCAAUUUAAGCAUUGAAGGUUUAAAGAAAAGUAGUGUUAGGGCGUAGUGGUAAUCUCAGAUUAGGUUAGCUCUAUCUGUUUGAUAUGGAAUAUCAACGGAAUUCUCCAUCUGGGAGGAAGUUUGAAGGUUCAAGGACAUAAUUUCCCUUUAAAUUCAAAGUAACACCAUUGGUACAAACUACUGGGCAAAGAUGAAGAUAUUUUAUGUUGUCUACAGCUUGUCUCUCCUCCUUGGUCUAAUUUGUGUAAUCAUUGUGAUUGCCUGGAAUACAUGUUAUCGAGGAGGUUUUGCUUGGGAUGGAACAGCAAAGAUGUUUAACUGGCAUCCUCUGUGCAUGGUGUCUUGGUUUGUGCUCUAUGGGAAUGCCAUUCUUGUGUACAGGUUGCCCUUUACAUGGUCCAGCAGCAAGAUGAUCCUAAAGUUGGUUCAUGCUAUCCUGAAUCUUGGUGCACUGACUCUGGCUGUCAUUGGGUUGUUAGCAGCAUUUGGAUUCCACAAUAAGAUGCAUAUUCCCAAUUUAUAUUCCAUACACAGCUGGGUAGGAUUUGCAGUAGUCAUCCUCUUUAGCUUGCAGUGGCUACUGGGGUUCCUGUCCUUUCUGUUGCCUUGUGCUCCGCUCUGGCUUCGAGCUGCUUACAAAGAUGUGCAUGUUUUCUUUGGAAUUUUUUUCUUAACAAUGACUAUUGCUGCUUGUCUGUCAGGAAUCAAUGAAAAAUUAAUCUUUGUGCUCAAUGGUGCCAACUCGUCUGUUCCCUACAAGGAGCUUCCACCUGAGGCAUAUUUGGCCAAUGUUUUGGGAAUUUUACUGCUAUGUUUCUUCCUGUCUGUCACCUGGAUGCUCUACAAACGUGAAUGGAAACGACCAAACCCCCACACAUCGGUACUCAGUGAAGCUACAGAGCCACUUCUGAGUGAACAUUAAAUGAGGAAAAUAUUGACAAAUUUAUGGAUACAGUAAAAAGAGCCUGUCUUGGGAAGUGUACUAACGUUAUGCCAUUCUAUUGAAUUACGUUUACCAAGAAUUGAUGGUCUUGGGCUCAGACUAUUGAGUUGAGCACUUUAGCGUUGACACAUUUUGCUAUGUCAGGAAUCGUCAGGACAAGGUUGCUGUCAUUGUCAAGUUGAUAAUUUCUUUGAAAUAGAAUUUGAAUAUUUAACUCCACUAAUGUCUGAGAGAGAGAGGAGAGGACUGGAACUCCUUUUCUAAAAGCCUUUGUUGCCAACCGUGGACCUCCAAAAACAUUCAAAACAAAAGACUAGGGCGGUCAGGUAACCAACCCGAUUAAAUGGACUCUUGAUCAACCAUCCACAUUUGAGGCCACCAACCUUAAAUUGAGAUGAAUUAAAUCAUUACUACAAGCAGGAAGCUUUAUAUUUUUCCCCUCAAAUAGUCAGUUUCAUUAACUAAUGUGUGCUACUCUUUAUAACUGCAACAAAUUUCUAUUGCUGAUGGUGAAAGAACAUUUUCCAAAAAAUUAUUUUCAUCACUUCAGAAUCAAUUCUAUAAGCUGGUUUAUGAUUUCCCAAAGAUUUUUAAAUGAAGCAACAUGUUGUGUUUGGCUUUGAAAUUGGAUUUGAAUCCAGAUCAGAGUGCUAGGUUGAAAUGGAGAAACAAGAGACUGCAGAUGCUGGAAUCUGGAGCAACACACAAGAUGCCAGAGGAACUCAGCGAGUCAGGCAGCAUCCAUGGAGGGAGAUGGAUAGUCUACAUUUUGGGUCGAAACCUUUCAUCUGGACUGAAAGAUAGAGGGGAGAUAGCCAGCAUGAACAUUUAAUUCUCCUACUUCCAUAAUCUGCUCCUCUUCUGUCCCUUUUCUCACUUCUGAUCUACCUAGCCCCCAUCACUCUAUCUUUCCCCAUCUCCACUCUCUUCAUCUGCCCAAUACCACACACUUCUCCCACUGGUUACCCACUUCCCCCAUCUGCUCUCCCCAGCUCCCUACCUGUAUUCCAAGCUCCAUCUUCCUCUGCUAUCAGAUUCUGCCAUCUUCAGUCCUUUGUCACUUCCACCUAUCACCACCAAGCUUCCAAUGCUAUUCCCAAACUCCCCUCCCCCAUCUGCCUAUCACCCCUACACCUGGAUCUGUCUAUCAUCUGCCAGCUCUUGCUCCACCCCUUCCCUCCACCUUUUUAUACUGGCUAUCUCCCCUCUAUCUUUCAGUCCAGAUGAAGGGUCUUGAUGUGAAACGUCAACUGUUCAUUUCCCUCCAUAGACGCUGCCUGACCUGCUGAAUUCCUCCAGCAUCUUGUAUGUUGUGAGAUUGAAAGUCUCCUUGAUGUUUAAAGCAGAUUUAUAAAAUUAAUGUGGGCAUCUGCAUAGUCUACAGUUGAGGUGUGCUUUUAGCUAAUCUAUCCAGCAAUCAUUGCUGCUUCAAUAAUGUAGCACUAUGUUUCUCACUCUUCACUGUGUCAGCAAUUUUUUUCCAAGUAUAAUCUGCCUGAAGCAUGCAAAACACAAGUACAACUUGUUGGAAGUGGGUGACGGAUGGCGAGGAAAAGCAUUUUGAAGUAUAACCAAAAUAAUUUUAAAAUAAAAUGAAGGUGAUUUAUAAA